AUGGCGCGGAACGUAAAUACAUCGGAACCCCGUGCCCCAAGGCCGCGGCUCGGCAACAAAGGCCGCGCCUUUAAAAUCCCACCGGUCGCUUCGCCGGAAAUCCUCGUCCUUCCUUUCCCUUUCUGCCCGCCCCUUCCCCGUCCGGCGGCGUCCCUCCUCCCCCACCGCGUCGAAAUCCCAAACCCCACCCUCGCCGCCCGCGACCCCUGCCCGCCGGCCACGAUGAUGCACAUGACCUUCUACUGGGGCACGUCCGCCACGAUCCUGUUCGACGGCUGGCGCACGUCCGCGUGGACGGGCUACCUCCUCUCCCUCCUGGCGCUCUUCCUCGCCGCCGCCUUCUACCAGUACCUCGAGGCCUUCCGGAUCCGCGUCAAGCUCCUCGCCGGCGCCAAGGCGGACCCCCUCCCCCCGCCCGCCGGCUCCGACGCGAGGGCCCCGCUGCUAGCGCCGGGCUCCGCCGCCUUCCUGGACGGGCGCUGGCCGGCGCGGGUGGCCACGGCGGCGCUCUUCGGGGUCAACGCGGGCAUAGGGUACCUCCUCAUGCUCGCCGUCAUGUCGUUCAACGGCGGGGUGUUCAUCGCCGUGGUGCUCGGGCUCGCGGCCGGGUACCUCGCGUUCCGCAGCGGCGACGUGGACGGGGACGACCUCGUCGUGGUCGACAACCCCUGCGCCUGCGCCUAG